AUGGCUACUAGUAGGCCCCUACCAGAACGUAUCAUAGCUUUGCCAAGAUCUGUAUUAAAGAGUCAAGAUCUUAAAAUAUUCGAACUACCGAAUCCCUCCAACAUUUCGAGCAAGAAACCUGUCAAAGUGUUCAUCCAGGAUGGAGCGGCAUACCAGGUGAAGACAAAAGCAUUCAGCCAAGGAUGCGAGUAUCACAGAGCCCGUGACAGCGCAAGUGAUAAAUACUACUAUACAGCACAGUCCGAGCCCAUAAAAUCAGCGAUUUUGACCAACAGUGAACAACCUCAAGAUGGAUGGCUACGCAGCAGCGGAUCCUAUGAAUUUUCCACCAAGUACGACCUGUGUUUCAGUCUUUGCGGAGCGCUGUUCUUGAAGUUUCAAUGCAAGAAUGAGAAUGAGUAUCAACAGAUUGACCCAUCUGCAACGACAAUGAUGCAGGAAAAGCGCUAUCUGAUGACUCGCGAUUUUCUGGAAAAUCUGGUCGAGAAGCACCACGCUAACUGGUCCCUCGUGCCCUUGGACUUGCUGGAAAAUUGCCUUGAAAAACUGGGAGAGUCCAUUGAGGAAGCUGGCGAUAUCUACCACAAGGUGACGCCUGCCAAAGUUACAAAAUGGUUGAUAGGCAAAGUUGAAAAAAUUACUCAGUCGUUUCCGCCCAGUAUUCCUUUACCCCGCCAUCUUCCUGAUGACCUUUUGGAACAUGCUAAGGUCGUCUAUGCCUGCAACCUCCUUAUCUCAUUGAUACCGCAGCCAGCGUACCAGAAUUUGAUCCAGUACGAUGGGGAGGAUUUGAACAUUUCGAAGUCUUUCCAACAAUUUACAAAUCACCAGGUACAAACGGCUGCUCGUCAAAAGGAGCAAGAAUUGUUAAUCGAUGCAGCAAUGAAGGUUGGUAUCAGCACUGCGAAUGGGGCGUCAGGAAAAACGCCGGCGAAGAAGGUCACCAAAGUGGUGAAGACCAAGAAAGUGAACGCUGGGAAAGGCGCGAUCGAUGGAUUUUUCAAAAAAAGAAGGGCUCGGAUGUGA